GCGACUCUCACGUCCCCAUCACAUCUCAUUCAUGAUUUCCCCUUCGCCAACCAAGAUCCCAUCGCUUUUUCUAGUUUGAUCUGCUUCAUAAUCUGAUUUUAAUGGCGAUCGCAUCUUCUUCUUCCGCUUAUCACUCUCUUUUGACUCGUCCUCCUUCUCACAAUCGCCACCACUUCUCGCCGCCAUCUUUCUCGUUUUCUUCCCCUCGCCAAAUUAAUGGUUUCUCUUCUCUCUCUUUCCACCCAACCAAAACCCCGUCCCCUCUUCGACUCGUCUCCAUGCGACGCCAAUCUAAAGCAACAGUGGUGACCGGACAGUCAUGGGAGGCAUCGAUUAUGGACAGCAAAACACCCGUACUGGUGGAGUUCUACGCUAGUUGGUGCGGACCGUGCCAGAUGGUGCACCGUGUGAUUGAUGAGAUUGCGGGUGAGUAUGGCGGGAGGCUCAAGUGUUUUGUCCUGAAUGCUGACCAAGACCCACAAAUCACAGAGGAAUAUGAGAUCAAGGCUGUGCCCAUUGUGCUAUUGUUCAAGAAUGGUCAGCAGUUGGAGUCAGUGGUUGGAACCAUGCCCAAAGAAUUCUAUGUGGCUGCCAUUGAAAGGGUUCUCUCAUCCUCAUCUUGAACUCCUUUAAAGAACUUGUGUAAAGCUUAGAUGCUCCAUUUUUCUACAUCAAAUUCCCAAUUUCGUUCGAUUUUAUAAUGCAACGUUUACGAUUGUUAGGUGUCGAGUUUAAUCACGUAUCCUUUCUGCUUGACCAAAAAAUGUUCUAAUUGACCGUACUGGGCUUAAGAUUCAAGUUUGUAUCUUUUGGUUUAUAAAGGAGAACAUGUCUUCUACGC